AUGGCGAAGGAGGGUGGAAAGGAUAAGAAACAGUUUGGAAGACAAUCAAGUGAGAAUGAUAAGAAGCAACCUAAGGUUGGGAAUAAUAGCCCUAAAGCAGUUGAUAAGGACACUGCAGUCUUCAUUUCCAUGUCACAGGAAUUGAAGGAGGAAGGGAACAAGUUGUUCCAGAAGAGAGACCAUGAAGGAGCCAUGUUGAAGUAUGAAAAGGCCAUCAAGUUGCUUCCAAAGAAUCAUGUUGAUGUAUCCUAUCUUAGGAGUAAUAUGGCCGCAUGUUAUAUGCAGAUGGGUCUGAGUGAAUAUCCCAAGGCAAUUCAACAGUGUAAUUUGUCAUUAGAGGUAACACCUAAGUAUAGUAAGGCACUGUUAAAGAGAGCAAGGUGUUAUGAGGCCUUGAAUAGGCUGGAUUUGGCUCUAAGAGAUGUCAGUACGGUUUUGAAAAUGGAGCCAAAUAAUUUUAUGGCAUCAGAGAUUUCAGAUAGGGUGAAAAAAACAAUUGAGCAGAAGGGCUUAAUUGUCAAUGAUACAGUAAUUGAACUGCCUCCAGAAUAUGUUGAACCUCCUAUUGCUUCAUCAAAACUGGCGAAACAGAAGACACGGAAGAAGAAGAGCAAAAAAGCAGAAGAAAAGAAGGCUGCAGAUGAAAUCGAGGAAAAGAAUGCUGGCAAUGAAAUUGAAUACAAGAGAUUCGAUAGUCAACUUGAGGAGAAGAAUGCCGAGGAUAAGGUGGUUGUCAAGGAGAAAAUUAGGAGCAAAACGGAAGAACCACCUAAGAAGACCAUAAAAUUGGUUUUUGGGCAGGACAUAAGAUGUGCUCAGGUGCCUCUCAAUUGCAACCUCCUGCAACUUAGGGAUGUUAUAGCUGAUCGGUUUCCAGGCUCAGAAGAGGUUCUUAUCAAAUACCGGGACCAAGAAGGUGAUUUGGUUACAAUAACCACUGAUGAAGAAUUGAGGUGGGCAGAAGCAUCAGCAGAAUCCCAGGCUUCUAUCAGGCUGUAUCUGGUGAGGCAGGAGGAGGUGCACAAACUGGAUAUCAAACAAAAGCAUGCCACUGAAAAUGGGAACAUGGCAAAUUGCAAGCCGUCUGAAAACAGAUCAUAUUUCAUUGAUGAAUGGAUAGUAGAGUUUGCUAAGCUGUUCAAGAACCAUGUGGGGUUUGAUUCUGAUACUUAUUUGGGUCUUCAUGAACUCGGCAUGAAGGUGUAUUCAGAGGCUAUGGAGGAGACAGUUACGAGUGAAGCAGCUCAAGACCUUUUCACCUCUGCAGCAAGGAAUUUCCAAGAGAUGGCAGCUUUGGCCCUGUUCAACUGGGGAAACAUUCACAUGUCCAGGGCAAGGAAGAGGCCUGCCUUCACAAAAGAUGCUUCAAGAGAAUCAAUACUUAAAGAGAUCAGAACUUCCUAUGAUUGGGCGCAAAAAGAAUAUAUAAAAGCAGGGCAGAGAUAUGAAGAAGCAUUGGGAAUCAAACCAGACUUCUAUGAAGGUCUUCUAGCUCAAGCGCAGCAGCAGUUCGAACGGGCAAAACUUUCCUGGUAUUAUGCAAUUGCAAACAACGUUGACUUGAAAACAUGGCCUUUUCAAGAGGUUGUACAACUCUAUAACAUGGCUGAGGACAACAUGGAAAGGGGCAUGGAACUGUGGGAAGCAUUUGAAGCUCACCACCUGAAACUUUCCAGCUCAGCAAAGGUUAAAUCCCAGUCUCAGAAAACUGGGUCGGACGGGCUAUUUAAAGAAGUGUCCACAGAAGAAGCUACUGAGCAGGCUAGGAACAUGAUGUCCCAGAUUAACCUCCUAUGGGGCACCAUACUAUACGAGCGAUCAAUUAUGGAAUUCAAAUUAGACCUACCAGUCUGGCAAGAAUGCUUGGAAGCUGCAGUCGAGAAGUUUCAUUUUGCUGGAGCAUCCUCCACGGAUAUUGCUGUUAUGAUAAAGAACCAUGUUUCCAAUGAUAAUGCACUGCAAGGUCUAGGGUUUAGAAUUGAUGAAAUAGUACAAGCAUGGAAUGAGAUGCAUGAAGCUAAGAUGUGGCAAAAUGGGGUUCCCACAUUCCGGCUAGAACCAUUGCUUCGUCGUCGGGUGUCCGAAAUUUAUCAUGCCUUGGAGACCAGUGAUAGGCUUUGCAUUGUAUCCGCCACUUCUGAUUAG